AUGGAGACUCCAUACAGCAUGAGUGCAACUUCCCCUUAUUUCAACCUAGUCAGUGAUGAUGAGAAACUGGAAGCGACACGUAAGAAAGACCGACAGUGGGACGAUAGUAUGGCCCUAGCUACUGCUCGAAUGAAAGAAGCUGUCCAAACCACUAAGGCGGCCAAAGAGAAGAUGAAAGAAGCCGAAACUCUCCUAGCUUAUGUUGAGAAACUAAUUAAGCAACACCCUGCCAAUCCGGUAAAAUGGGGAAAGACUCCUGAAGCAUCAUUUGGGAGUGAGGGUGGAUUUGGUGGUGGUCGAAUUAGUGGGUAUGAUAGUAAAGGUGGUGCAUACGAUGGUGGUAGCCGUAGUGGAGGUAGAUAUGGAGGAGGUGGUGGUUACGGUGGUGGUGGUGGGGAAGAGGAGCGGGUGGGGGUUGAUUUAAGUGGGUGGGGGAAGAGGAGCCGGGCAG